CAUUACUUUUCACUUGUGGUUACAGCCCGACAGAGCAGUUUAGUCAUUUGGAUCCACCUCGUGUUUCUCGCUGGAAACCAGGAGCUCUGGGUAUGUUGGCUGCAGCCUCCCCCAAGGGUAGGUCUUUUCUGAGCGGCCUGUGACCCAGCUUUUCAACGCUUAAUGAACUAGACGACUUGACUACGAUGUGGAAAAACCAUGACAGAAAAUCUGGUUUGUACCGGGGCCGUCAAUGCUGCAAAGGAAGUCUGGGAAGAAAGGAUAAAGAAACACAAUGAAGAUGUGAAACGAGAAAAGGACUUUCAGCACAAGCUGGUGCGCAUCUGGGAAGACCGGGUAAGCUUAACCAAGCUGAAAGAAAAGGUCACCAGGGAAGACGGAAGAGUCAUCUUGAAGAUAGAGAAAGAAGAGUGGAAGACUCUCCCUUCUUCUUUGCUGAAACUGAAUCACCUACAAGAAUGGCAACUUCAUAGGACGGGUUUGUUGAAAAUUCCUGAAUUCAUCGGAAGAUUCCAGAAUCUCAUUGUGCUAGAUUUAUCUCGAAACACAAUUUCAGAGAUCCCCCGAGGGAUUGGGCUGCUCACCAGGCUGCAGGAACUGAUUCUUAGCUACAACAAAAUCAAGACUGUCCCCAAAGAGCUGAGCAACUGUGCCAGCUUGGAGAAGCUAGAACUGGCUGUGAACAGAGAUCUAAGUGACCUCCCUCCAGAGCUCAGCAGACUGCUAAAACUCACCCACCUUGAUCUGAGUAUGAACCACUUCACUACAAUCCCUCUGGCUGUGUUGAACAUGCCUGCCCUCGAGUGGCUGGAUAUGGGAAGCAACAGCCUUCAACAACUCCCUGACAGUCUAGAAAGAAUGCAAAGUUUACACACAUUGUGGCUGCAGAGGAAUGAAAUAGCUUGCCUGCCAGAAUCGAUCAGAAAUAUGAAAAACUUGGGGACUCUUGUUCUCAGUAACAAUAAGCUGCAAGAUAUUCCAGGCUGCAUGGAAGAGAUGGCAAAUCUGAGGUUUGUCAACUUUCGAGACAACCCGCUCAGACUGGAAGUGACCCUCCCUCCCAGUGACAUCACAGAAGGAGAGGAGGAACGGGAGCUGUUUGGACUUCAGUUCAUGCAUGCAUAUAUACAAGAGUCACGGAGAACAGAUGACCAAGUGAAGUGACUCAGAGGCCAGUCCCUCUAUACAUUCUGAUGGAUAAAGUGAGUCAAAGAGCUCUGCUGAGAAGGAAUACAUGGAGAACUUGGUGAAUUCUCUGUUUGGACUUUGGAAGUAAAAACAAACAAAAUACCCUGUUAUUUAUAUUUUUGUGAAUAGAAAAAUAUAAAUUAAAAAGGAUUAAAUUUUUUUGUUUGCAGAA